GCGAUUCAUGUGUGAAGCCCCUAGAUGGGCAGUGUGUAAAGACUAAAAACAAGUGAAAUUCAGCGGUGUCAUGAUGGAACUUCCAUCUGGUGAGACGUUUUUGAAGACGGUCGAAAGUGAACCCAGAAACAAGCCAGUGCCAAGGCCUUUUUCCAUAGAGGCCCUGAUGAGUGAUUGUGGACCAAGGAGAACUGUAGAUGUGACGCCUUGGGGUGUUGCAAGUCAUCAGCAAAACCAGUUUCUGGUAAGGGAUUCCAGAGACACCGAUUCUGAUGGCAGUGUUGAUAUGGAUCUGGCGCAGGACUUGUCCAAUAGGAGUCAGAAAGAUGGCUCCGACAUGGACGACGAUCUCGAAGACCCCCAAAACUCAGACGGCGGCCCGGGCUCCACCAAAGCCCGCAGACGACGCACCGCCUUCACCAGCGAGCAACUCCUGGAGCUAGAGCGAGAAUUUCACGCCAAAAAGUACCUCUCCCUCACGGAACGUAGCCAAAUAGCAUCGGCCCUGCGCCUCAGUGAGGUACAGGUGAAAAUUUGGUUCCAGAACCGCAGAGCCAAAUGGAAACGGGUCAAGGCCGGCUUGGGCACAGGGCCGCAUCAAGGUAUAAAGGGCGCUCAGCAGAAGAACAAAUUGGUAGUGCCGAUUCCGGUCCACGUGAACAGGUUCGCGGUGAGGAGCCAGCACCAGCAGCUGGAGAGAGCCCUGGGAGACCUAGCGGGGAGGGUUCUGGCCAGUCACGCGGCGUUGAGGGCAGGGUUGGACUUGCAUGGGUUUCAUCCGCAGGCGCCCCCUCAUUAGAAGGGGAUGAGACAUUUUGGACUGUGUAUAGGUGGGAGUGCGAUGUGAGGUGAUUGAAAGGGAUGUUCGGAAGCUUUUGAGGGGCUACAAGUGAUAUUAGAGUUUCACAAAGUUUUUGUUGUUGGUUCUUACAAAAUGUUCUGUAUCGUUGGAAAAUGAAAUAUUUACAAUCAAACUGGAA